AUGGCUGAAUGCGAGCAAUCUAUCCGACCCGGAAGGGCUUCUAGUGGAACACCCAACAACGGUUUUACCACUGAACGCUCGGUUGGCGGUGAGCGUCGUUCGAUCCGCCACUAUCACGAUGGUCGAGUAUCGCAACGUGAGGGUCCUGUCCCUGGUCCUGUUCAAGCACUAACCAAGAGCAAAGUCAUCUCCAGGCAAAAUAGCACUUCAACUGCCCCCAACAACAAGGCUGUCCCCAAGCCCAAGGAACCGGAAUAUCAGUCCCCUACUCUCGCUGAAAUUGAGAAGCUCUCCGGUGCCGUUCAUAAGCUCUUCCACCCAGAAAGCUCUAAACCCUACAAAGAGUAUCUCCCGCAGACAGAGAGCCCACAGUCAUGGAGUUCUGACAGCUCCUAUGGCAUGAUUACCCCACCCUUCCCUGUAGCAUCCCCUACUCCCGAAGACUCACCGGAACUAACGAGCACGGAGGUUUUCCCCGCUCCGGUGGCUGUCAACCCUGAUACCCCAGACGAGGAUGCUAACUCUAUUUCGAAGCAGUGGGCCGACAUUGGUGGAAAGAACCGCAUUAGACAUUCAGGUAUUCACGACUGA